AUGGUGACCAUCAGAUGGUCACUCGCGGGAUGUGUGUUUUUUAUUGUUUUACUCGACUCUCGAGCUCAGUUUACUCAAGACUAUCCAUGGUUCUGUAAAAGCGAUGAGGCUGUGGGGCCUUGUAACAAUAGAUAUAGCAGUUUAGACUACUUUAACAAUCAUAAAGUUUAUGGACUAAUACAGAAGCUGCUGCAAAGUGACUUUUUCAAGUUUUACAAGGUAUGUUUAUAUAUUUUUUUAUUUUAUUGGUUUAGGUUAAUAUGGAAAGGCCAUGUCCUUUUUGGCCAGAUGAACGAGAAUGUUCUUCGCGGGAGUGUGGUAUAGAACAUUGUGAUGAAGAAGUGCCAGAAGCGCUCAGGAGACCUUCUUCUUUUGUGUCAAUUGUGAGUUACAACGAUUUUCUUAAAUAUAAUUCUUUAAAAAGUAUUAUAUUAUGUUUACAUUGUAUUUUUAAAAACAAUGUUUCAGGUAGGAGAAGAGGAAGUGGAUGCUCCUUGCGUGCCUUCUAAUCAAUUUGAUCCACUAGAUCGAUCAUUAUCUGAUACUGACAAAGCUCAAUUAGCUGAUAUGGAAGACUUUGAAGAUUCCAGCGAUCGGUUUUGCGACGUUGAAGGUAAGUCAUUGUGAAUAGUUUGUAAAUAAAAGGAAAAGUAACUAAGUAUUUAAAUAUUUAAAGUGUCUUACUGUAUUAAAUUAUCUGAUUACACGUUUGUGUUGACGAUAAUUAAUUUAAUGUGUCUUCUAGACGACGACUCAAAUGAUUUACAUUAUGUAAAUCUGUUGAAGAAUCCAGAACGUUACACUGGAUAUAAAGGACAGUCCGCGCAGAAGGUGUGGAUGAGUAUCUACAGGGAAAACUGUUUCAAGCCUGAUCCACGGUUCGACAAGGACUUCUUACUUCAUCCCACCCCUACGGGCAUGUGUUUGGAAAAGCGAGUAUUCUACAAAUUAAUCUCAGGCCUUCACUCAGCAAUCACAGUAUCUAUAGCUUCCUAUAAUUACAAGCCUGCCGUUGGCGGUUUUGGGUCAGGCACUUGGUUUAGAAAUAUUGAAAUGUUCAAGAACAGGUUUGGCGACAAAUGGGGAACAGAAGGGCCAGAACGACUAAUGAACGUUUACUUUGUGUAUCUGUUAGAGCUCAGAGCGAUAGUAAAAGCCGCACCGUAUCUUCAGGCUGAACUGUUUUACACUGGAAAUGAGGAAGUAAGUAUAAUUCGUACUUUAUAUGCGUUGCCAAUCAUGAUUAGUGUAAAAACAUUUUCUACUUGAUUUUGUAAUUUUUUUUUAAAAAUACUUUCUUUAGGAAGAUAUGAAGACCAAAGAAGCUAUGAAGGCAUUGAUUGCCAUUUGUGAACAAUAUGAAAGUCAUUUUGAUGAGACAAAGCUCUUCAAGGUUAGUUUUUUGUGAUUUCAUCUUUAUAUUUUAGACAUAUGCGUGUAAGAAACUUUAUUAAAUAAUUAUGACUACUUUUUUCAAUUUGUUUUUGUUUAGGGUGUAGAAUCGCAGGCGAGGUUGCUUCGAGAGGAGUUUAGACAACAUUUCGUUAACAUAUCAAGGAUAAUGGAUUGUGUGGGAUGUGACAAGUGCCGGUUAUGGGGCAAACUGCAAACUCACGGUAUGGGUACGGCUCUGAAGAUUCUGUUUUCUGAUCUUCCACACUCGGAAACACGCUCGGUGCUUAGUGGUCGUGCGACAGUUCCGUUCAAGUUGUCAAGGUAAUGUCAUCAUUAUUUAAAAAAUUGAUUAAUCAAAAAAUGAUUACAAUUGUACAUGAUCGUUCACCACGUAUACUACUAACCUUUUGUUUUAGGAACGAAGUUGUCGCCUUAAUUCAAAGUUUCGGCCGUUAUUCGUCGGCCAUCUUCGAAGUGGACGAAUUCCGACGAGCAAUGGGUAUCGGACUACCUCAGAAAACGGAACUAUAG